AUGGACAGGAUAACAGUCGUCCUAGUCGGAGGAGGCACCAUCGCCCCCCUCCACGCCCAAUAUCUCCUCUCCUCUGCUUCCUGCACAUUAUCAGCCAUCGUCGAUCCCUAUCUUCCAGGCCGCCAACUCGCAUCCCAACUCUCCAUCCCCCAUUUCGACUCCAUUGCAGAUCUCCUAUCAUCCCACACACUCAAACCAGACGCAUUCAUCGUCUGCGUCCCGUCCAGCUUGCACGUGGCUGUCAGCAGCGAGAUCAUCACCGCCGCCACGCCAAAAGCAAUUAUCGUCGAGAAGCCUCUAUCCACGGACUCGGUGUCUGGCGCGGAUCUGCUAUCUCUGGCGGAGAGGUAUUCCUGUAAGAUUCUCGUUGGCCAUCAUCGUCGCUUUCACCCGUCGUUGGCGUCUGCGAAGAGUGUGCUCGAGACUGGCAGGAUUGGAACCAUCACUGCUGUAUCUGGAUUAUGGACGACCAAGAAGAAUGACGGCUACUUUACCGCUGCAGGUAGCGAAUGGCGCUGCUCACGCUCCAGCGGGGGAGGGCCGAUCUGGACAAACUUCGUGCACGAUGUCGACGUGUUGCAUUUUCUGACUGGGUCGAGAAUAGUGCGUGUCUGGGCGACUGCGACUGUUGACAGAAGGACACACGAGAAUAUCAAACAAUCAGAUCAGGUCGAAGAAGGCGCGGCAAUAAUGCUGCAAUUUGCGAAUAGCAUCGUGGGAACGUUCAUCGUGAGCGACAACGUCGGCAGUCCGUAUGGCUGGGAAUCAGCGACGGGUGAUAACCCACUAUACCCCCCGGCUGAUAUCCCCGUCGACUCGUAUCGUGUUUUUGGGACAUUGGGGACGAUGAGUAUUCCUGAUGGAACUUUGUGGACAUAUGACUCUGUUGAGGCGGAAAGACGGGGGCUGGAGGUUGGAUGGAAUAUUCCUAUGAAGAGGGAGAAGGUGGAGGUGGAUGAGGGGAUUCCGUUUCAGCAGCAGACGGAGCAUCUAGGGAGGGUUGUGAGGGGAUUAGAAGAGCCGUUGUGUUCUGGGGAGGAUGGAUUGGCUGCUAUUAAAGUGUGUGAGGCUAUUGCGAAGGCGUUGGAAGAGGAGAAUACUUCUGCUGUUGAUAUAUAAUCUUUUACACUGAACUUGAAGCUAUUCACUG